AUGUCGUCCUUCUUCGUCGAGCUCUGGGAGGGCAUCUUCACGCCCGGCCCCACGCCCACCAUCCUCAAGGCCACAAACGUCACCUUUGCCGCGCUGCAGGCCGUCCUGCUGUCGCUGCUGUUGGCGACGCACAGCGUGCAUUUUGUCGUGCUGUCGGCGCUGUGCGGCGGGCUGUGGUGGUCCAUCAACUGGUUCGCGCGCGAGCUGCGGAUCGCGCAGGCGGCCGAGGAGGACAAGAAGACGAAGCAGAAGCAGAAGCAGAAGCUGCCGGCGGUGGCGGGCGGCGGCGAGGUGUCCGGGUCGAGCGAUACCGAGGUCGAGGGCAGGGUGACGCGGCGGAGCGCGAGGAAUAAGAAGAGCGCUGCGGCUGCGGCUGCGGACGUCGAGCUUGUGGAGGAGAAGGGGGAGGUGAAGCAGCGGCAGCCGUUGACGGAGUCGGUGUCGAGCGUGAGUACGGAGGAUGAGUGGGAGAGGGUGUCGGAGAAUGAGAGGGAGAGGAAGUGA